AAUGAACCUGAUACUAAAAAACAAAGAUACGAUAAUUUUUCAAAGAGGUUCCUGUUCGUACGAGAGCUCACCCAUAUUUUCCAAUUUGAUACAUUCCCUUAACGAGGUUGCCAAGAAAUACUUCAAUAGCAAGUUGGUAUCAUUUGAAAUUGGUUCAAACUUCGUAGACUAUUACCGAUCUGAAAGUGGGGUUGUGGUUAUCUGGUGUGGAAGUAGCGAACAGAGAUUGGACAUGAACACUGUUUAUCGGGACUAUGCCAAUGCUGUACUGUACGGUGAUAUGAAGUUGUUUACCGAUAAGUAUGGAAGCGUAUAAUCCUAGGGGAGAUGUGCGAACCGUAGAUAAGAUGGCACCGUGAUAAAUAAAGUAUCAGUUAGACGUA